AAAAAUUUGACGGAAAUGAACGCGCCAGAUCGUGGUGAACAAUUUUGUCUCCCCGAGGGGACAAAGAAAAUGACUAUAACACCAGAUCCCAAAGUUGAAAACGGAGCAACUUUCGAUAUUUUAAGGGAGGAUCACACAAUGGGUAAUUUGAUCCGAAGCAAACUUUUGGAAGAACCGCAAGUCACUUUCGCUGGAUAUAAAGUUCCUCAUCCUUUAGAAUACAAUGUUGUGUUAAAGGUCCAAACUACCGCUGAUACAAAACCUGAAAUGAUGGUUGCAAAGGCGCUAAACGACUUGAUUACCGAAGAAGAACUUGGUCGCGCAAGAGCAUUGGUGAUACCUAGAGAGCAGAAGCCGAUGGAAGAACAAGCACAAAUGGGUAUUGCAACUACGAGAGAGAAUAAUAUUCCUGUUGGAAGUACAGGGGGCGUAGGAGUAGACAUGGACUUUUAA